UUGACAUUGACAGUAACCGAACCUGUCAUCUUCCCGAAUAAAAAAUAGGAUUUUUUGGUAGGAUACUUAGGUACAUUAUUUAGUAAUUAAUAUUAAAACAGCAUUCCGCAACUGAAUAAGGAUAAUUAGUGUUUCAUACACGAUCGAAAAUGUUGCGCCAGCCGCUGUCUCGAGCGCUCGCGCUAGGCUCGCCAAGCCGUGUGGCCCCCGUGGCAGCUCGUCGAUAUGCUGAUGCCGUUGCUGCUCAACCAGAUAAAGUAGAGCUGUUCAUUGAUGACCAACCUGUGUAUGUGCCACCGGGUACCACUGUUUUACAGGCAGCAGCUCAGGUUGGAGUAGAAAUACCUCGUUUCUGUUACCAUGAAAGGUUAGCGGUUGCUGGCAACUGCAGAAUGUGCCUUGUUGAGGUGGAAAAAUCUCCAAAGCCCGUAGCAGCCUGUGCCAUGCCUGUCAUGAAAGGCAUGAGGGUUAAGACCAACUCAGACCUUACAAAGAAAGCCCGCGAAGGUGUUAUGGAGUUCUUGCUGGUUAACCACCCACUGGACUGCCCAAUUUGUGAUCAAGGUGGUGAAUGUGACCUUCAGGACCAGUCCAUGGCCUUUGGAUCUGAUAAGAGCCGCUUUACUGACAUUCAUUUCUCUGGGAAAAGGGCUGUAGAGGACAAAGACGUGGGACCUCUGAUCAAAACAAUAAUGACCCGGUGCAUACACUGUACACGAUGCAUUCGUUUUGCGUCGGAAGUGGCUGGCGUCGACGACUUUGGUACCACUGGUCGAGGAACAGAUAUGCAGGUCGGCACUUACGUGGAGAAAAUGUUCCUGUCAGAACUGUCGGGCAACAUUAUUGAUCUGUGCCCAGUUGGAGCUCUCACCUCCAAACCCUACAGCUUUGCUGCACGACCCUGGGAGACCAGGAGGAUCGACUCCAUCGAUGUAUUAGACCCUCUGGGUAGCAACAUCGUGGUCGCCACCCGCACCAAUGAAGUGUUGCGCAUUUUGCCGAGAACUAAUGAGGAGAUCAAUGAGGAGUGGUUGUCGGACAAGUCUCGGUUCGCGUGCGACGGCCUGAAGCGGCAGCGGCUGGUGACGCCGAUGCUGGCCGACAGCCGCGGGAACCUCACGCCCGUGGAGUGGGAGGACGCCAUUGUGGCCGCCGGCCGCGCGCUCCGGGACUGCCCGCCUGAUAAGUUGCUAGCCGUGGCCGGGGACCUGGCAGACGCGGAGUCCCUGGUGGCCCUCAAGGACCUGGUGAACCGCCUGGGCUCCGAGAACAUCUGCACGGAGCAGUACUUCCCGCUGCAGGGCUCCGGCAUCGACCUGCGCUCCUCCUACCUGCUCAACACCACGAUAGCCAAUGUGGAGGAAGCGGACUUCGUGUUGCUGAUAGGCACCAACGUGCGCUUCGAGGCGCCGCUGCUGAACGCGCGCAUCCGCAAGGCGUUCAUACACAAGGAGGCCGAUGUCGCGCUCGUCGGGCCCAACGUGGACCUCACCUACGACUACACGCACGUGGGCGAUUCAGCGUCGGUAGUGAAGGAGCUGGCCGACGGCACUUCGUCGCAUGAAGUGCUGAAGCGGCUCGAGAGCGCCAAGCGGCCGGUGGUGAUCCUCGGCGCCGACCAGCUGGCCGCUGAGGACGGCGGCGCCUUGCUGGCGUUCACGCAGGAGCUGGCUCUCAGACUACAGGACAAGCUUCAGGACAAACAGUGGAAGGUGUUAAACGUGCUGCAGCGGACGGCGUCGCAGGUGGCGGCCCUGGACAUCGGCUACCGGCCCGGAGUGGGGGCGCUGCUGCAGGCCGGGCCCAAGGUCGUGUACCUGCUGGGGGCCGACGCCGGCGUCGUCACCAGGGAACAGCUGCCCAAGGACGCCUUCAUCAUAUACCAAGGUCACCACGGCGACGCGGGCGCGGCGUCGGCGGACGUGGUGCUGCCGGGCGCGGCGUACACGGAGAAGCGCGCCACGUACGUCAACGCGGAGGGCCGCGCGCAGCAGGCGCUGCCGGCCGUGGCGCCGCCAGGGUUGGCGCGCGACGACUGGAAGAUCAUCAGAGCGCUAUCGGAGGUGGUGGGCGAGCGCCUGCCGUACGACAACCUGGACGAGGUCCGCGGCCGCCUGGCGCAGGUCAGCCCCGCGCUGCAAGCGCUCGGACACGUGCAGAACAACAACUACUUCGCGCAGGCGCGGGAACUGGCUCAGAGCCUACAAAAGCCCGUGUCAGGCAAACUGGACGUGCAGCUGAAGCAGCUGGAGGACUACUUCAUGACGGACGCCAUCAGCCGCGCCUCGCCCACCAUGGCCAAGUGUGUCCAAGCUGUACUUAAGCAAAAGACCUCACCAUACUAGACGGAAACCACUGCGCGUACACGAAUUAAAAAAAAGAUUCAUAGAUAAAAUAUUUUUUCGAACGUUAUUUUUUUUUCAUUCAAAUUUCGUUCUGUGCUUGAUGAGAAAUUCGUGUACAUUGUUUACGGUUUUAGAUAUUUAGGAGUAUUCCUGAUAUCAGCCGAUUGAGUGUGUUAGGUUUAAAUUUUUAAUUUUCCAUCCAAUUUUAUUUUUAGUAUAAAUUACAACAGUGUAAAUCUUUGACACUGAAUCGGUGAUAUCGAUAACUUAGGAUAAUUAACAAAUUUAUAUUUCGCCUUUCUGCAAUCAUUUUUACGAAGGAAAUACUACAGAAAUGCACCAGUGCAGUUGAGUGUGUCUCAUCUUACGAGUACUCAACUGGCAUUCGACUGCAUGUACAUUGUGAUUUAAAGCUAUUUAUUUUGUUAUUUAAUAGUUAAGACUAAAGUGUGUCGUUAAAAUUUCAACUUAUCCAACAAAAUAAUCAUGUUAUUUAUAACUAAGAAACGAAAGGUACGUAAUGGAUUGAAAAGGAAUUUCAGUGUAAGAUCAAGUUUUGUAUAUAGCAAAUGUGUAGUAUAAUAAAGGUAGUAUAAUGAUUGUCGAAA